AUGGCUUCUGUGGCGCCUCCCAUUACUGAUGCUACGGCAUGGCCCAGAGAAAAGAAUGUAUCUCCCGCCGAUUAUCCCCAGGUGGCGCCGCCGGCACAUCUAAAAGUAGCAGGUGAUACCACAGGUGACUCGGCAGACGCGAGCACUCCUCCUUGGGAUGGCAAUCAUGUCACGCAUCCAGCAAUGGCCAAUACGCCUAUUGAUUACCCCGGGAAGUUGGUUACACCCGCAGGCUAUCACCUUGGGCCGCACGGUGAAGGCUGGAAUUCUCCUCGCUCGUCUCUCUCAAGGUACCGGCACGAGUACUCGACGCUCUCCCCGGCUAGGCGCGAGAACCCAAAGAUGAUGGGAUUUGUGACGAGUCUGGUUGUGCCGACUCCAAAGACGAGACCUGACUAUGAUGUUGUGGCCGAAUAUCAAGGACUCAAGCUGGGUCGUAUUAGUGAUGCCGUUCCUUACUUACUCGGACCUCGCAGCAUAAUUGACAGAAUCCAAGUCGUACUCGAGCACUCACAGGAACACCCACAGGAGCACCUGCAGCCAUCUUCCUCCCGCUACACAACCUCGUCCCAAGACACUCCGCAGCCAGUCUACACAGCACAAGACAAAGCACUCAUGGCAAUCCUAACCUCACUCAGCAAGCCCGAAACCCUGCGUCUGGAAAAAGGAGACUGGUACCCCCAAGGCCUCGCCGCCCGCUACGACGCCCUCGUCCUCUAUGAAAACAACGCCAGCCACGGCAUCCGCCUCGCCUACAUCUCACUCGCCGACUUCAUCCACCAAGCGCAAACAUGGCUGCUCGCCCCCAACCCCACCAACAAAUCCGGCGACGCACCCCACGCCAAAAACCCCUGGUCGCCGCUCGCCGCCCAGCUCCGCUCCAAAGGCGUCGACGUCUCGAAGAUCGACUUGCAAACCUACCUCGACCUAACCCAGCACCUCUCCGCCUCGGACCUCGCCGCUAAACUCGACGAGAUAGCCCAAUGGGCCCGCGACGGCACUCUCGACUCGCGCUUCGAGAAAUUCAUCCAGGAAAAGCAAGAGGCCGCUGCUGCUUACGCUCGGAACCGUUCGUCUCGCCCUCUUGUACGGACGUCUGGUGCGAAUGAUACCGCGGACACGGUGUUUGGAGGCCCCGAAGCGCUGUAUUCCAAACGCUUUACGCACGAGUACCCCAUGGGGAGGGCGUCAGAGGUGAAGGUCAAGCGGCAGCAGCGAAGUGAGCGGUCAAAGGAGGAGGUGGAGAAGAGUGUUUUGGCUAAUGCGGAGAGGAUGAGGAAGAUGGAGAGGGGGAGGGUGGGGGGAACUGGGGUGGUUGUUGUAGAUGAGACGGAGAAAAAGAAGCGGAGGAAGAGGCAUCGGGCGUUUUUUGUGGCGUUUAUGGUUGUGUUGUUUGGAGGGGCGGUGGGAGCUAUGCUGUGGGCAAUGGGGACGAGACGGUGGGAUUUUACGGCUGGGGGGCAGACGCAGUGA